AUUUUUAAGCUUCGGUUUAAUCAAAAUGUCAUCGUCUGUCGUUAGAUCCAAAACUUAAAAAACAACGUCUCAGUGAAAGUGCUUGCCAAAAACUAGUGGAAAAAUUAACUUUUAACGGUUUAUUCAUCGUGUUUCUCUAAUCCAGAUAUUAUUUGCUCAAACAUGGAGGUGUACGAAUUUGAGAAAUCAUUGCUGACCCGCUUGCAGGAAACGUCGGAUGUGCUGUGUGCCCGUGGAAUCGCCCUGCCGGCAUCCGAGGUGCGCACCGAGUGGGCCAACUAUGUCGAGAUGGCAAUCGAACCGACGGGAUGGCAAGCCCAGUGGCGCAUCCCGCGGGUGAUGUGCGAAGAGCUCUCGCUCAAGUACCCCACCAUAGUGGUCGGAACGGUGGAGCAGGUGCUGUUCGAUGAGCUGAAGGCGAUCUUCGUUGUGGAAGCGGUUCAGGACGAUGAUGUGCAUAUGCCCGAAAGGCAAGUGUUAGCGCUGGAAGAACUGUGGCCCUUGAAGGAACAGGAGAAUGAUGCGCUGAACGUCGAUCGCACGGCGGACUGUUUGGAUCGGUUACGGUUCUUCUAUCAGCAUGUUUGGAUGCCUUGGGAUAAUGACGAGGAUGACGACGGAAGCGAUUGGGCCGAGAAGAAUCUGUACGACAGGGUGAAGUUCUAUUACGACGUGAAGAAGCGGGUCAUGUCCAAACGGCUGGUGUCGCACGUUAUGGCUUUGCUGGCCGAAGCAAACUACGUGCAAAAGAAGCGGGAACUGCUGGAAAUGGAAGUGGACGAAGAGGAGGAAAACGGAUCCGACGACGAGACGGAACCCGAGAACAAAAGAGCCAACAAAUUGGUAGAGCUUCAUCUGCGUUUGAAUGUAAUUAAAAACGAGAUGAAAAUCCUGGAGGAUCCAACUUUGAGGGAUGCAUUCGAAAAGGUACGCUUUGGAUCCCCAGCCGAAAAGCAAACGAACGAAGAAGCUUCGAUUGUGGUUCAUACUGGGACCAUGGAUCAGCACAUCAAAUAUCUCCAGGAGGCUAAAUCCAUCGUCGGUAAUAGCAAAACCGUGCGAAUCUGUGACUCGUUGCAAGGGGCCCUCGAGAAAUGUGCUGCCUCGAAUGAGCUAUAUCUACCGCCCGGCAGGCAUGAAAUCAAGUUCUUGGAAUAUCUCAACGGAGGAGGGCUGCUGAAGGCGGUGAGCACUGUCCGAUUUGCGGAUGCUUGCAAAGCCGGACAACUGCAUGUGAUUGAAGAUGCGGCGGCGGUGGUCUGCUCAAAGGACGACGACAGCGUUCUUCUCACGGUGGACGGUGAUUACUGUUUCGAGAAUGUUAUGCUGGACUGCAUCAAUGUUCGGACCGGAGUGCUGAUCAAGCAGGGGAAUGUUACAUUCAAAAAUUGCUUCUUGAUUGGAGACGCCACGUCUAGCACUAAGCAAGGAAUAGUUGUAUUUG